AUGUUGCUGCUAAAGCACUCUCCAUCAUCUUUGAAAAAUCAUGGAGAACAUGAGAGGUGCCGACGACCAGAGAAAAGCCAGUGUUACUUCCCAUUCAAAAAGGGCAAGAAGGAGGACCCGGGAAACCACAGGCAAAUCAGUCUGACCCCAGUCCCUGGCAAGGUGAUGGAACAGAUCAUUCUGGAGGUCAUCCCAAAGCAUGUAGAAGACAAGAAGGUCAUCAGGAAUAGUCAGCAUGGAUUCACAGAGGGGAAAUCCUGCUUGACCAAUCUGAUAGCCUUCUGCGAUGGCACGGCAGGAGGGGUCGAUGAGGGCAUGUUGUCUACCUUGACUUCAGGCUUUCGACACUCCUCCCACAACAUCCUCAUAGACAUCACCAUUGGCAACACCUACCCACUGGGCUCUAUAAAAAGAACAAGAAGCCCUUGCCUUCUGUUGAAGUAUUGUGGAGGCCCUCCUGUAUUCACCAGAAAACCUGAUGUAUAUCUUCCUCCUCUGGACAUAAUGGACCUUUGCACGACUACUUAGACAUAUUACAAGCACCCAAAUGGCAAGCCAGCCAAGAUCUGUCAGCCUUUGGCCCACAUAAAAAAAACUACUGAGCCAUUCAGUAGCUCUUCUGUAAUGAGGGAAGAAUAUAAGCCUUGCCUCUGCAAGAAAUUAAAACCUAUCACUCAUGUUCUGGAGCUAACUUUCCCGGUAAAACCAGUAGAUUUCUUGACUACCUUCUGGACCCAUUGUGCACUUCAUUCACUCACAGUUAUGAAGACCUAUAAACCCGUCUGGUUAGGCCCAAAGCAUCACACUCUGCUAGAUGCUGAAACAACCUAUGCUGCCAGCUACACACCAGAGGGUAUUGUUAGAUGCUUGAUCUCUUACAAAGACUCACCUGGUUACAUCUUUGAGGGAACCAAUGCUGAUGGUCACAGUCUCUAUCUCACUACUCCCAAGAGUGAGCGCCUGUAA